AUGGCUCCUACAAAGCAUACUGCCCACAAAUCCACCGGUGGUAAAGCAUGCAGGAAACAACUGGCUACAAAAGCCACGCGCAAGAGUGAGUCCUCUUCUGGAGGGGUAAAGAAACCUCAUCGUUACAGGCCUGGUACUGUGGCACUCCGUGAAAUCAGACACUAUCAGAAAUCCACUGAACUUCUGAUUCGCAAGCUCCCCUUCCAGUAUCUGAUGCGAGAAAUUGCUCAGGACUUCAAAAGAGAUCUGCACACCCAGAGUACAGCUGUUGGUGCUUUGCAGGAGGCAAGUGAGGCCUAUCUGGUUGGCCGUUUUGAAGAUUCCAGCCUAUGUGCAAUCAAUGCUAAGUGUGUAACAAUUAUGCCAAAAGAUAUCCAGCUAGCACGCCGCAUAUGUAGAGAACAUGCUUAA